AUGCCCGAUAACGACAAUGCGGAUGGAAAUGGAAGGCGAUCACGUACGAGGAGUGCUCAGGCUGGCCGGAAGAAUCCCCGUCUGAGAUUGGCCUGUCUCCGCUGCCAACGACGAAAGAUCAAAUGUGAUGGGGAAUUACCCACGUGCAAGAAUUGCCGUAAUGCGGGUGCUGCGUGCACUGAUGGAGAAUCAGCCCGUCUCAAAGAUCUACCUCGAGAAUACAUCUCAACUCUCAAGAGUCGGAUUUCGUGGUUAGAAUCGAUCGUGAGGUCAAGAUGUCCUGAUGUUGACCUAUCCCAAGAUCCCCCCGAAGACCAUGAAACCUUGGACACCACCAUCCUUGAAGACACAACUGGACCAAUACUUCAGUCUCCGGUACCCAUGCAGUCCAAUCUUGAUACUCUCUCGGACUCUAUACAUGAAACAUCAGCUGUUGAGACACCUAAUCAGCCUGUAAGAUCUGCUCCCGGACCUACAGGAGCUGGCGCGAUAACCCAUGAAAUUGGACUGGUCUCCCUCGGCACAAACCAAGACCCAAGAUACAUCGGCCCAUCUAGCGGUUACUUUCUAGCACGGGUGAUGCUUGACUCGGUCUCCAAACAGGAUGAAAGACUUGGCCGCGCAAGUCGCAAUGCUCCCUUUCCUACUAAGCUCGUCGAGGCCAUCCAGGGACCGCUCCCACUUCCACCGAGAGGCAUGGCGACACAGUUAUGCAACGCAUAUUUCAGCGCCAUCAAUCUUCAACACCCAAUCUUACACCAACCUACGUUCAACAAUAUGCUGAAUCAAGCUUAUGAACAGGAUACUCAAGAUCCGGUCAUCAGUUUCCAGGUAUUCAUGGUUCUGGCGAUAGGAUCUGCCGUCGUAUCAGGCCGCAUCAGAGCUCGUAUUCCAGCAGAGUCAUACUGUCUCUCAGCACUUCAGUAUCUAGAUGAACUCAAUCUCGAAAACUCGUUACAGGGUGUUCAGUGUCUUCUGUUGCUACUUGUAUUUACCAUACAUAACCCAUUCGUUCGCCUUAAUGUUUGGUACUUAAACUACCACUGCAUUGCAGCUCUCCUCGACUUAGGUUUGCAGAGAAACAUCAGUGUGGGAGCAGAGAUUUCCCUACUAGAACAGGAAAUGCGAGCUCGGAUCUUUUGGGUCAUCUAUUCUUUUGAUCGCGUUAUCGCCACUAUGAUGGGCCGUCCUAUUGGAAUUCGAGAUGAGGGGUGUGAACUUCGGAUGCCGAUAGGACUAUCUGAUGAACAGCUUGCAAGCCCCUACCAGCAGCAAACAGCAGAGCUUCCAGGUGAGAUGGCAUUCGCUAUCCAUUUGUUCAAGGCAGCGAAGCUCAACUCUGAGAUAAAAUACAUCGCCCAGAGUAUCACUAGGGACUCACCGAGAUAUGCUUAUCCUCGGGUUGUUGAUAUCAAUGAAUGGCAAUCCAUCAUGUUGAGACAACUAGACGAGUGGGCGAGUCAAAUACCUGGCUUGGAUAACCCUUCUGAACUUUAUCUACGGACAACUUGCCAGAUACGAUACCACGGCUUACGGAUGCUUCUCCUGAGACCUAGCCCAGGCAUCCCUAAGCCUUCUAACGAAGCUUUGGUCCAAUGCCACAAAAGCGCUCACGAAUGUAUCCAGCUGUUUGAUCAGCUAUACAAGAAAGACCUUCUCGUUCACAGUUGGACUACCUUCCAUGGGCUUGUUCUCAGCACCAUAACACUACUCUACUGUAUCAAAGUCGUUCCAGAAAUCACCCGCUCAACUGAGGUAGAUGUCUUGAUGGCUAGUUUGAGUAUAUCGCUGAGUGUGUUAAGUGCUACAGGGGAGCACUGGUCUGGGGCAAAACGCAGUCGUGAUAUCUUAGAUGAACUUGGCAAAUCCACAAUUCGAUAUGUCCGGGAGAAUAACAGCCGGCAAGAUGGUCCCGUCCGCCGUUCAACGUCCCGAGCGAAUGGAAUAGGAGUUGAUCCGACAGCACUGUCGAGAGACGUUUUGGAAGGUCCAGACUUGACCGAUACGCAUGUCGAGACAUCUUUAAUGGAUACAAACGACACUAUGGGUUUCAUGCAGAACCCAUUCGAUGAUAGUCUGUUUGGCGACUCAUUCGCUGGGUAUUUUGAACAGACGGACUCUAUCAAUGUCGACAACAUCGUUCGCGAGCUGUUUCAAGACUUUAUUCCUACAUACCCAAAUGGACUAUAA